ACUCCUUUUUGCGCACUUCGUCGUUGGUAAAAAAAAACUCCAGAACGAAAACUGACGGAUGGUGAAUAAUCUCUGCGUCAGCGAUAGACGAGAAAAAAAAGUGAAAAUUCAUUAAAAUUUUCCAAUAGAAAAUCGAUUUUGCCAGCGGAAAGUGUGUGGUUUUGUGUUUAAAUAUCUAGUAAAUCGGGUAAUAUUGUGCGUUGCGUGUCGUGGAAGUGUUUAAUUUGCGUUUUCGUCGUCUCGUCGGGAGAGCUCGGAAGAAGAAGGAGCAGGAUGUGGUCUUUCUUCUCGCGGGACUCGGCCAAAGAUUUCCCGUACGAAAUCGGAGAACCCGUGCCGCAGUUUGAUUCGCGAAGCAUCUGGUCCCUGCACCGUGGCAAACGGAAAGGAACUAAUGGCGAAGAGGUGUCGGUGUUUGUGUACGACAUCAAGAAUGGGACCGAUGUCAAGCUGGAACUGGCCAGGGCCGCCGUGAAGCGCCUGAAAACGCUGCGCCAUCCGAGUAUUUUGCAGUUUUUGGACAGCCUCGAAACGGACAAAGUGCUGUACGUGGCAACGGAGCAGGUGGAACCAUUGGGGACGCACUUUGAGAAGCAAGCAGGAGAAGGACCCCAGCGGGAUCUGUAUUUGGCGUGGGGAAUUUUCCAAAUUACGAUGCGUUGGUACUGUGCGGUCAGCGGAUGUACAAAUAAAAAAUCAUCGACCAAGGAAAAUCCUGGCAUCACAUACCACAGAUUUCCAGCGGAUGAAGCAAGAAGAGCGAAAUGGGUGAGUUUUUGCGGACGUGGGGAAACGUGGACCCCUGUACCUAGUCAAGGAAUUUGUUCCAGGCACUUUCAUGGAACUAGUUACGAUUCGAACGUGAAACAUCGUCGGCAGCUCAUUUCAAACGCGAUUCCAGAGCUUAAUCCACGAUCCGAUCUCGGUCAACAACAGCAUCAGCACAGUUCAGUUUCACAGCAUAUGAUUUCAAAAGGACACAUGUUUAUGGAUAACUUCCAGAUCCUGAGCGAAAUUCCUUCUUUUGAUGAAAAUCUUAGAUUUUUGGACGAAACGAAUGUUGCCGACGACUCAGCUCUCGGUUCCGAAAAUAGCUUGGAGACGUCGCUUAUUUGUUAUCCGGUGGCCUCAGAUCCAGUGAAUUCGUCUGUAGAAUCCGACCACAAUUACCCCACUUCAUCGGUGACCGUUUGUGAAUCAGCAUCGAUCGGCGGUAUCAACGAUGACCCUUAUGAUCACGUAGUGAAUCAGGUUUGUGUAGACUUACCUGCCCAGCCCUCUGAUAUUUUGCAAUUGGAGCAACAAUUUGAAGGCUAUGUGAUUCGUGAAGCAGAUGCAGUACAAGUUGCGCAAAAAUCGCUGCCGACUGAUAUUUUAUUGUCUGACCAGGAAUACGAUGGUUUUGUGUACCUCCUCGGAUGGGUAGCGCAUAAGUUGAAAACAACGCACCCGGAGCUUGGUUCACCGACGAGUAAAUGUAAUCCACAGCAUCUGCCACUAUACCUAGCGAACUUAUCCUAUGGUGGAUUAACUUCGCCCACUAACGAGUUCAUCGAAAUGGGAUACCAACUGGAGCAGGUUUUUAUUUCCACAAACGGAAGAGCCGGAUUUGAAAGCAAAACAAAUGUAGUACAGAAAACUGUCGAUGAAGCUUCACGACUAUUUCCCGGUUGUGAUGCUACGGUUGCUCAACGAUACUUUAAGAUCCGCACUAUUAUAAGAGUACGACAUAUAAACCUAUACAUGGAGGGCAAACUGGAAGCCAACGUGGACAUUUACAAUAAGACGCUUUAUGGAAGACAUAUGCCAACAAAACGCAGCUAUAAAUCAAACAGUGACAAACAUAGUAAAAAUGCAAAAAAACAAAAAAAAAUGAGUUCACGAUGAUUUAUUACCGAACGGUAAAGAUUUCUAAAUAAAAUUAAGAAAAAAUUAGUUUAUUCAUCUUGUAUUUCCCACAGAAAGACAAUUCUUAACCCUUCUUCCUUUAUUUGCUAUAAUUUAAAGUUAAGUGUUUAUUUGAAUCAGAUGGAACUGGAAUGAAACUAAUACUAAUGCAAAUGCACAUAUAUUUCAAUAGAGUUAGAAUAGUUCAAUAGUUGACAUGCCUUAUGGUUGUGCGUACGCUAAUUGAUUGUCUGUUUAAGUUCCAACCACGAAAAACUAAACCUAAAAAUUUUCAAACGCCUUUCUUAGAAUACACUUUAAAUAAAACAGUUUCAUUUUCCUUACAAUACGUUGUAUUUAGUUAGGUUGGUUCGGGUUGGAAAGUCAUAUUUAUUUUUUUAUUUUUUAAACCAAAACACUGUGCUCGUUUAAAAGAUUACAUAAUAGAGUGAUCAUGCCAUCAUGCAAUCAUUAGGGAUUAUUUUGCCAUUAACAAUCUCACGGUGCUUUACGAUUUGUGUGGCCGUAUUUGACAGUGCCCUGCUUCUUUUAUUAAUUAUUAAGGGUUCUUUUCAGCAUGUGUCACCUUUUCAGAUUUUAAGACGCAAACGAAUAAAAAUUAUCAAAAUAAAUAUCGAUUGUUUAUAUCUUGUAAUGGUUUAUUUCAUAAUUAUCUUUAUAAAUUUACAUAUAAACAAUUUCAUAAAUGUCACACAAAUGUACGUGAUACCGUGAAGGCCCCUAA